AUGACGAUUCAAAUAUUUGGAACAGUUUGUAUUGAUAAAGUUAGAAAGAUAGAAGAAUUUCCAAAAUCAUUAGGUACCUAUACUCCAGUUAUUAGCGAACAAAUUUUAUUAGGUGGUGAAGCAUCAAAUACAUUUGUAUGUAUAAAUGAAUGGGUAGAAAAAGGUCAAGAAUCAAUAAAAUUGAUCGUACCACCUUUAGUAGAUGAUUUAAAUGGUAAAUUCAUUAUAAACAAAUUAAAUCAAUCAACAGGUAAAACUAGUGAUAAAAAUGUAAUCUUUACACAAAUCCAAGAAAUCAACAACAACAAUGAAAAUAAUUAUUUAAAAUAUACUCCAAUAACAGAUAUUUACGUUUGUAAUAAAAAAGAGAGAACAAUGUUUGGAAUUGGGUUUCCAGAGAUUGAUCAAUAUAUGGUUCAAUGUAAAGAGAUAAAAGAGAAAAUAUUGAAUGUUGAUUUACAAUUUGGACCGAAUCAUUGGAUUUCAUUAGACGCAAACUAUCCAUUAAUAAAUAGGGAGGUCAUAAAGAAAUCAAUCAUCACCAAUACAAAUUUAUAUAUAAUGGAUCAGGAAUUAGAUACAGUGGUUGAUGAACUUUCAUUGGAAAACACAUCAAUAGAACAUACUUCAAAUUUAAUAUUUCAGAGUAGUUCAGACCAUUUCGGUAAUAAAGACGGUCCGAUUAAAGAAUUUUUCAAUAUUAUGAAUCAAUGGUUUCAAAAAGAUAAUGGUAUAUUUAAAAAGUUUUUAUUUAUUUUAACAGAUUCUAAAAAUGGUUUUGGUAUUGGUGGCACUUGGAAUAAUGAGUGGAUUGAACCUUACUGGUUCACGCCAUCUGCUAUACCGUCGGAUAAAGUUGUCGAUACCACUGGUGCUGGUGAUUCGUUUAGGGCUGGUUUAAUCUUUAGUUUAGUUCAUAAAAAUCAAUCAUUAUCAGAUUCAUUAGAGUUUGCCUCUGCAUGUGGUGCUUUAAAUUGUUUAUCAAUUGGUGGUUGUUCUUCAACUCCAACUUUAAAUUCAAUUAAUCAAUUUUUAAAAUUAAAUAAUAAAAAUCAAAUGUUUUUAUAA